AUGAAGACACUAGCAUCACUCAAAAGAAAUUCUCAUCUUAUGGGGAUGCUUGAUGAAUUCGACGUUGAAGGUCCUAACGGGAAGCAUAAAUGUCUGGUUCUCGAGCUGCUAGGGCCCUGUAUCCCUGAUGUUAUUGAAUCGCGGUAUUCAGAUGGAAGGCUUCCUGGGCAUCUCGCCAAGGCCAUUGCGGAACAAUCUCUACGCGGUCUAAAAAUACUACAUGAACAAGGCAUUGCCCAUGGGGACCUCCAUGUCCGAAAUUUGGCUGUGGUGCUGCCAUUUCCCGUGGACGACAUGUCAGAAGAGGUUUUUAUUGACAUGCUUGGCAAGCCAAAAGUCGGGCCUGUACAGAAGGUAGGCGGCCAACCUGUUGAACCCGGCAUGCCGCAGCACAUUGUCCAAUCUGCCACAUAUUCAAAGAUACCUCUAAAGUCCUUCAGGGGUAUUAAAAUUGUCGAUUUUGGCCAGUCUUUUCUUCCGGCGUUCGCGCCCCGGACUCUGCGCACCCCGUUGGCAGUUCGUCCACCAGAAGUCUUGUUUAGCGAUCCGCUAGAUUUUCGCGUUGAUUUGUGGAGUAUGGGCUGCAUGCUUUUUGAGCUUUUUGUUGGCCAACCCCCUUUUGAUGGACCGCCCAGCACGCCGGAGGUCUUGGUGGAACAGAUGAGGGAAACGGCAGGUGAUCAGCUACCCGAGCGCUGGAGAGGUUUGAUCAAGGAGGGCUCUGAGACGAACACGGCUGGAUCAUCGCUACAGAGUUGGUUAGAGGAGACGUACUUUGACAAUGAGCGCAAGAGCGACUUGACAAUUGAGGAUAUAAGGGUCCUCGGUGGGCUCAUUGCAAAGCUUUUGUAUUUUGAACCGAGUAGGAGGGCGCCUGCAAGCGAGAUCCUGAGCGACAGUUGGUUUCGUGCAGGUGGCACAUGA